UGUGUUACCCCCUGAAUAACUUGGAUUGCUUGCAGAGUCAAUAAAAAGAGGUAAGUGAAGAAUUGGUUCAAAAGUAAUAAUAAAAGUGGGCGGUGCCGACUCGCGUCAAAAUUUGUGAAUGAAAUACCAUUUGACCACGUUUGACCUAGGAGGGAGUUGCGCGAUCGUAGGGCUGUCCAAAAAUUAAAAUAAUAAUAAUUUAUUUAGUUUUGUAUGGGAAAAUAUUUUUUAUUAAAUAUUACGAUAUCCACUUUCUGACACCACUAGGGGAACCUGGGGAGGGUCGAUCCCUAGGGGACACUUGGUAACUUUAUUUAAAAGUUUUACCAAACGUGAUACGUUUUUUUAAGCUGGUAACACUGAUUCCUUCAUUCCUAACUUCACUCUCUAGCAUAGCACUCUUUGACAAAUGUCAGUGGUUUGCAAAUGGCGGACGGCGAAAUAUUCGCGUGGUGUGAUAUUUAAUUUUCGGUAAUAAUGCCGCGAAAAUAUACGACCAAAGAGGGAUCAAAAAAGAGAAAACCGAUAGACAAGGAAAAAUUGAAAAAUGCUGUAGCUGCAGUAUUAGGUGGAAAAACAUUGAAGGGGACUUCAAAGCAAUAUGGUGUCCCUCUAAUGACGUUAAAAAGAUACGCAAGAUUACAAAAAACAUCAAAUGAAGAAAUAAAAUAUGAACCUAACUACAAGCGAUCACAGAUAUUUACAGACGACGAAGAGAAAGAGUUGUCAAUGUAUUUAGAGACAGCUAGUAAGUUGUACCAUGGCCUUACUCCAAAAAAUGUUCGAUGUUUAGCAUAUCAGUUUGUCAAAAUGAACAACAAAAAAUUUCCUGACAAUUGGGAAGUCAAAAAAAAAGCUAGUUAUGAUUGGCUCUGGGGUUUCAUGCAACGCCAUAAAAAUUUAUCACUCAGAAAACCAGAGGCUACAAGCUUAAGCAGAGCAACUAGUUUCAAUAGACACAACGUUAAAGCAUUUUUUGAUAAUUUGAAAAGCCUAAUGGAAAGGUACAACUUUGAUCCACAGCAAAUAUACAACAUAGAUGAAACCGGUGUAACAACGGUCCAUAAACCAAAAAAAAUUGUAGCUUGUCGUGGUCUAAAACAAGUAUCUAAGGUUACAUCUGCUGAAAGAGGAGAGCUUGUCACGGUCUGUUCCGCAAUCAAUGCGAUUGGAAACCAUUUGCCACCGUUCAUGAUAUUCCCCAGAAAAAAUUGGCAAGACAGGAUGCUUGAUAAUGGUCCCCCAGGAACCAGUGGUGCUCCAAAUCCCAGUGGUUGGAUGAAUGCUGUAACAUUCUUACAGUAUUUAAAACACUUUCAGAAACAUGUCCGAUCAUCCAAAGAAAACCCCUCCCUCAUUAUAUUUGAUAACCAUGAAAGCCAUAUUAGCAUAGAUUCCGUUAAAUAUGCCAAAGAGCAUGGGAUUCAUUUGUUAACCAUACCUCCACACACAUCGCAGAAGCUGCAGCCUCUCGACCGCAUUUUAUUCGGAACUCUGAAAUCUUAUUAUGACACAGCCUGCGAUGAUUGGAUGGUUACACAUCCUGGGAGAACAAUCACAAUUUAUGACAUAAGCGGCUUAUUAGGAAGAGCUUAUCCACUAGCUAUGACUCCAAGGAAUAUUACCAAAAGUUUUGAGAUCACUGGAAUUUUCCCUUUGAACGCAGACAUAUUUACAGAUGACGAAUUCUUAUCAUCGUAUGUAACAGAUCGACCUGAAGAGUCACAUGAUAUUAGAGAGAGAGAAUCAUCUGCUUCAACCCUAGAUCAGCAAGACCAUCCAACAGAGCCCCUUAUUGACGGAAAUGCAAGUUCUGUGACUGUCGAUUUGCUGCAACAUGAUACACAAGUUAGGGAAUCAUGUCCACCUAUUGUAUUAUGUGAUUAUUUGCCAGAAUCAUCACAUGCAACUCAAACCUCUCAUACGGCUGUAAGUUCAUCAAUCACUUCUAAUUGUUCGCCUCCACCUCAACAAGACGGGCUCGAGAAGUUACUUACAGAUGCAGAUAAGAAUAGAGAAUCACUUCCUGUUAUUGCAUCAGAGUUGUCACUUUCAGAAGAGAAUUCUGUAGCAGUUGCCACUUACCAAACCCAAAGCUUGACUCAGCAAUCCCUUCGGGCUGUUAAUAAAUUGUCGUCUGCUACUCAGCCUUCAAUAAUUCAAGAUAAUACUAUUCUGGAAAAUACUUUAACUGCAACGGCUGUGGUUAGCUCUGAUGACCUUUUUACUCCUAAUUUAUCUAUACCCGCAAAUAUUUCCAACGUCAGUUCAAAAACACUUUCAACUUAUGUAAGUCCAGUUAUGAUUCGACCGCAUCCCAAGGCUGGACCUAGAAAAAAUACAAAUAAGGGAAGAAAGAAAGGUGCCACAAGAAUAUUGACGGAUACGCCCGAAAAAGACUCCAUAGAAAAAGAGCAUCGUGAAAGAGAAGAAAAGAAACGCAAAAAGUUAGCCACAGCAGUAAAAAGAAAUCUAAACAAGGACAAGAAACAAAAAAGAAAUGUAGAAACGAGUUCUUCCGAUGAAGAAAAUAUAGUCAUGCCACCAUCACCAAAUUCUGAUUAUGUAUUAGAAGAUGAUGAAAAUGAAAAAAGUGAGUCUGAAGAAAAUGACGACGGCGAUGAUGAGGAUGUUCGUAAAGGUGAUUGGGUUGUGGUGAACUUAACAUCUAAAAAAAACUUAGUGCAUCGUUUCGUAGGCCAAGUUAUGAAGGUGUAUUUAGCAAGCUUGGACGUAAAAUUCGCAAAAAAAAUUGACGAAAAAAAGUUUAAAUGGCCUGAAAGAGUUGAUGUUAGUAUGAUAGGAAAGUAUCAAGUGGUAAAAAAGCUUCCUCCGCCCCAAUUCAAAUCAUCUUCAAGACGUGUAGGUGCCUUUGAAUUCCCAAAGUCGCUCAGACAGUUUAAUAUUAAAAAGUAAAAGUUUUUUAAGUCAAGGAUAAUCGUCUCUACCUAGUUUUGUUAUAAAUUUUAGUUAUUAAUAUUUUUUAUAGACCGAUAACAGUUACCACUGUUAAGACUGAUUAAAACGUAUGAGACUGGUUGCUCAAGUACGUAAUUGUUACUUUUGAUAAUAUAGAUUUGUUUUUGUUUUGGUCGAUUUUGAUCUUCGACUGUUUAAGUUUUUGAGAUAAUAAUUCUGAUAGAAGUAAGUCAACUUGUUAAAAUAACCUUUAAAGCUUAUAUAUUUGUAGUUUAAAGCCAAAUGAUAACGAUAAUUAAAAUGGACAUAGUCCUUUAUUAAGACUGAUUGUGAUAGUGUGAAGGACUGGUCAGCUAAUAUUAACGAUUGUUACUACUUACUUGUAGUUAAGCAUAUAGUUUAGAAGAUUAUUUUUCAAUAAUGGUACUAUUUUUUAGAAUUAGUUACAAUAGAAAGAGAAUUUAAUAUUAUUCUAUUAAAAAUAAUUGAAUCUAUAACCGUGAUAAUGAUAAAUGACAAUAAUAUUCGAUUAUUUGAAGGUUGCUUUGUGAUUGUCAAAAUGUCUAUUAUAAAGAUAAGCUUAAUUUUUAGAAGAAACUUUUUGUUUUCAAUUUCUAAUACCGAAUGUUAACUAUUUGGAUAGUAAAAAAAUUAUCACUAAAAAUGUGUUGUUAUUGGAAAAAUAAUACAGUUCCCUAUUUAAUCAUUAAAAGACAUGAAUCACCAUGAAUUUGAUUUCCUCACAAAUUCAUUUCCUAAGGAUUAAGUUAAUGAAUUAAACAGGAAUCAACCCUCUGAAUUUGACAUUCGUGCUAAAAAUCUGUUUACCAUGUGUCCCCAAUCAUGGGUGAUUUGAUCCCUGCGGAUCAAGUUAUCUAACUGGUGGGAAUUAAACUUGUAGCAAUGCUAGGUAUGGUACAUAGCUAUUUGUUGUGUGUUUUUCUAUUUCUAUAUGCUUUGUAGAGUGCAAAUAGAGUUACUUAGUCAAUGAUAAUCAGUCGUGGGGAGACACGGUAAA